AUGCCUGUGGUUAUAUUCCUUCUCGAUAAUUCAGCAUCAAUGAAUCAAAUGACUCAUAUGGGUACAACUCUUUUCGAUAUUAGUAAAGGAGCUAUAGAUCAAUUUUUUAAAAUACGACAACGAGAUGCUGCUGCUGCUAGAACAGAUCGAUAUAUGUUAUUAACACUUGAUGAACCACCUUCAAAUGUUAAAGUUGGAUGGAAAGAACCUAUGACUGUAUUUACGAAUCAAUUAAAAAGUCUUGAAGCAACUGGAUUAACACAAAUGGGUGCCGCCAUUAAACAAGCAUUUGAUUUACUUAAUCUUAAUCGACAUGCAGCUGAUCAUGAUACAUAUGGUUGUGGUCGAUUUCCACAUUUACUUGAACCAUCAAUUAUUAUUGUUAUAACAGAUAAACAAAAAUUAACUACACCAGCAGGUGUUUUAAAUGAAAUUAAUAUUCCAAUGAAUACAGGUCCGAUGGGAAGUGAAUUAACGAAAGAACCAUUUCGAUGGGAUCAACGUUUAUUUGCAAUCGUUCUUGCUCUACCUGCUCAUGCUUCAUCAAUAGCACAAGCAGGAAAUAUACCUAAUACAGCAACUACUGGUUUAGCAGAUAUACCAGCUAAUCAAUUUAUUCCAGUUGCGGUUGAUCAACCGAUUACUGCUAUGUGUGAUGUAACUGGUGGUCGUUCUUUCUUAAUUACCUCGCAACGAACACUUUAUCAAUGUUUAGAAUCUCUUGUACAAAAAAUUCAAAUUGGUGUUGUUGUCAAUCUAGAAAAAGUUUUGAGUGAAGGAGAUGUAGAACGAUCUGAGUGGCAUUCCUGUCGAAAAAUGAUCAUGAUUCCUCGUUCUUUGCCAAGAACUGAAAAAACUGAAUAUAAUUGGCCAAUACCUGAAGAUUAUUGGCCAUCACCAACAAUGCCUUCACUUCCACCACGUUCAGCUCAUGCUUCAAUUAAAUUUCAAACAGUACCUUGUCCAACUGUAACAGAUAAACUACCAUUUGAUAAAUAUGAAUUAGAACCAUCACGAUUAACACAAUAUAUACUUGAACGAAGGCAACCAACUGUAGCUUGGCCAGUUUUCGUUCAAGGUUCAUCUCGUUCUGGUCCAAAUGAACUUGGUUCACCAUUUGGUUAUCUUAAAGCUAGUUCAAAUUUAAUAUCUGUGAAUUUGUAUAUAAUGCCAUAUAACUACCCAGAAUUAUCUACAUUACUUAAUGAAUUAAAUAAAGUUCAUGGUUCGAAUGUAACAAAAGCUUGGCAAAAUCGUUUUGAUAGUUAUCUUCGAUCUAUUCCUCCUUAUUAUCUUCCUCCGUUAAGACGAGUUUUAUCGAAAAGACAACUUCAAUUUGUAUUUGAAUCUUUUGAUAAAAUUAGUCCAACACAAGCAGCAAUUCUACUCUCACCACAAAUGCUUGGAUAUUUAAAAAAAAUCCGAUUUCAAGCUAAAAGUGAACUUGAUCGAUGGCCACCAAUGCAAGAAAAACCUCCACCGCUUAUUCAUCUUCUUCCAUCGCGUCCUGAUAUUUUAUUUGAUAAAACAUCUUCGUCAAGUGCUGAUUUACAUGAGCCAGGUGACGAAUCAAUUCAUAAUAAUUUUGUUUUACAAUCAAAAACCAAUUCAAAACAACAACCAUUGCAAUUGUAUUUGUAA